GUCUUUCUCUCUCUCGCUCGCGAUGUGCGCUCCGUUUUUUACCCUCUCGAAUAUAACAUUCAACCCGUCGCUCGUCGAGCGGCUCCGUAGAUUAACGCGUUCGUGUAACGCACGUAGCGGCAUAUCGGGAGGAUGAUGUGCGUAGAAGUAGAAGUCGAGCGCGCUUCUCGCCUUUGUUUCUCCGUCUCGCGCUCUCCGCUUUUUUAUCGGCGCUAGCUCUGUCUCUCUCAAAACAUAUAUACACGCGGAGAGCCUUAGCUACGCGUAAGGCCGCGCGUCCACCUGUCGUUCGGACAAUAACAUUGAUCCUCCCCGCGCGUCAUACGGUGUUUUCCUCGCACUCUAGCCAGUGUUCUGGAUCUCGGCCGCGACAGCAGGCCAGAGUCGACAAAGAGCUCCGGUUCCGAAAGAAAUUAAAGGUCCAAAGCGAGCGGUGGUCGUCAGGCGCGGCGUAAAAGCCGCACAAUCCAACCCAGCUGCGGCGCACGAUUCUCCGUCUCUCUCUCUCUCUCUCUCUCUCUCUCUCUCUCUCUCUCGCUUCCACUGCGAGCGAGCGGCAGCGCGACCUACACUCGUCGGGUCGCUCGCUCGGCACAUAGCAGCAGUCAGUGUGUAUUCGCUCAGCCGAGGAGCAAGAGCCCUCUCUCCGUCUACCUCUGCAGCGCGCGACGGACCUGCAUAUACAUAGAUAUAGAUAUCGCAAGUGUUGUAUACAAAUCGAAGCUGCAGAGAAGAGCUACUGCACGAGCAGAGAGAAAGAGAGGGAGAGCUGCAGUGCGCGGGCAUUGUUGACUCUUCGGAGACGCGUCGUAGCCGUCGUUCCGCGGCUCCGUCGGCGUUAUAAUAUAUACCAGUGCGCGCUCGCGAGAUACUUCCUCCGCGCGGAGGGACCUGUUGUCGAGUGUGCACCGCUGUUGUUGAUGUUGUUCUCGUUCUUGGCCUCUUCUCGUCAUCGGUCGCAAGAGCAUUCGGAGAAGACUGAGCUCUGUUGUGAGGAAUAAUCGGAGCUGCCGUGGGGGAGAGUCGUCGCGCGGGGAGAUGGUCGAGGAGGCGGCGGCGCAGAGCAAGUCCGAGGAGAAGACGAAGCAGCCUGGCUACUCGUCGUGGAGCAGCAGCAGCGAGACGGCCGAGCCGUGAUCCGUUGCUGCGCGGCAACAACGACGACCAAGACGACGAAGGCGACUGCUGCUGCCAGGCAGAAAGCACGUCUCCGCGGAUGCAUAUGGAGGUGAGACACAGCAGUUAUCACUUGGAUAAAUCACAUUCAUCUUGCGUGUCCCCGAAGCGGCGCUGUCUGAACCAGCUCAACAGCUGAUCGGAGCAGCUCCUGCGCUGAGCAGCCGCGGCGGCUGGUGGUGCUGCUGCUAUACAGUGGGACAAGCCGUCGGCCAUAGCCGAGUAACCACGGAUCGCGAGGCGACAAUCGCGGCCGGGAGCUGGAGAAGGAGGAGGUCGAGGAAGGGAGCCUGCAGCCUCGGGAGCGCUGAAGCCGUGGACGAGCUGGUUCCUCGGGUGCGCAUCAGGCGGUCGCUGCGCGGAGGCCAGCAGCCGCGCCGUCAUCAUGGUCAAGACUUUUCAGGCUUACCUGCCCUCCUGCCAUCGCACCUACUCGUGCAUUCACUGCCGCGCUCACCUCGCCAAUCACGACGAGCUCAUCUCUAAGUCCUUCCAAGGAAGUCAAGGUCGUGCCUAUUUGUUCAACUCUGUAGUGAACGUGGGCUGCGGUCCCGCAGAGGAGCGAGUCCUGCUCACCGGACUGCACGCGGUCGCCGACAUCUACUGCGAGUGCUGCAAGACCACCCUUGGCUGGAAAUACGAGCACGCGUUCGAGUCGAGUCAGAAGUACAAAGAGGGCAAGUUCAUAAUCGAGCUGGCGCACAUGAUCAAGGAGAAUGGAUGGGAGUAGCAUCAUCAGCGACGACGAGACGAGCAGCAUAGCUCGCGUCGUCCUUAUCAGCCGCUGCCGCAGCAGCGGAUCCGGAAAGCGAGGAACGCCGCGUUUUCCUCGGGGACGGCAACGUCCACCCGACGACGGAUCGGCUAAGCAGGCUGCAGCAGUCGCGGCUCGUGGCAGCAUCAGGAGGAAGCGCAGCAGCCGCAGGAAGAAGCGACGACGACGACUAGACCCCCUCUCUGUCGAGCCACCAACGAAAGUCUGUGAUUUCAUUUGUGAUUUAUAAUCUUAGUAAAAGGAGAAGAAAAAAUAAACGUUCUUGUGUUUCGGACCAUUCUCUAUAUAAUAUACACAAAACGGAAGGACAACGCGGAAGAAGAAUCGACGACGAUUUGGAUUUCGAUGACUCGCGAUAUAACGAUGAGUUAUUUAUUAUUAAAGCCGAACGACUCAAUCGUAGAAACUUGUAUACACAAGACCCACAUACACACACAUUCGCGCGCACACGAAUAGGUACGUGCAUUCGAGCCGACCGCAGGAAGAUAUCGAGACGAAGGAGAGGAUAGUGUAUCGAGGCCGAGAUGACGACCGCGAGCCAAGUGGGAAGAAGCUUGACGACAAAGACGGCCGCGAGGAGCAGGGCCAAGUCGUCGCGGGCGCUGGGGUGCCCCAACCCGAUCUUGACCCUUUGAUCCGCGGGUGUAGAACGUCGGUCUUCCGUUUGCACUCGUUGCAUAAUGGACCGACCUACUGUGCGGGAUCAGAGCGUCGAGGGCGAAACCGCGCGCGGGGCACCCCUGGCUGACGACACAUUUACACACGAACACAUUUACACACACACACGUACGCAAGAACUGCUGCACAAACAUGCCCACACAAACCCUGUACGUCGAUACGCGACGAACCGAAGCGACAAAAUUAACGAGCAAAUUACUGCUAACAAAUCAAUUUUUACAUACGCGAUGUGCGUUCGUAUAGGGGGGAGGGGAGAGACAGCGACGUGGUGUACUCACGAUUUAUCGAGAGAGGAGGCUGAGAGAGGAAGAUGAACACUAUAUGAUAACGAGCUGUAGUUGAUAAUGAGUGUAUCGACGAACUCGGGGAAUCGAAGCCUUUCUCUUCGGGCUACGUGAACUAGGGGCUCAUUCUUUUGUAUCGUAUUCUAUCCUCUAUUGUAUCGGUUGGGGCUCUAGGGGUCCUUUGAGUGUUUUUGUAUAUGCGGGUGGACUCUUUUGUUUCUUAAGUAUACGGGCUUCGCGGGAGCUCUGGACUAUACUGUGUUGUAUGCGAUGAUUUUCGAAUUGUUCAUAAUUUGUACUUGCGCUGUUUUUUAAUGCCUGAUAAGGGCAAACUUGCGUUACUUCGUAAAAGUUAUUGUAACGCAAGAAAGGCGGUGAGUGCAAAUUUAAGUUCGGAUGCAUAUGUUUUUUUGGAAAACUAUGUCGAAUCGACGUGAGUUUUUGAAUAGAUCGAACGUUUUUUAAGCUAAUUUUCAUAUGGAAAUUUUUGUAACGAUUGAUUAAGCAUUUAAGUAUUCUUUCGCUGUAAAACUAAGUUAAGCAUACCUUGUUCUUAACGUAUAAAUAAGCGUCGUGUAAGUCUUCACUUUCACGUUUUUUAUAUGUAAUCGUGCUUCUUGAAUUAGCUACCGUUACUUUUUAGAUUGCGCACUGCAUAUAAUAGAUAGUAGCUAUCUGAAAUUGAGUGUUAUCGAAAUUAAAAGAAGAAAAAAAUCACGAGUAGUGAAAUGUUCAUUUAAAAUGCAUAACUAUGUUAAUUAAAGACUAAGAAGAAGUUACUCGAAGAAGUGUGAUUCGAUUCCCCGAUCUAAUAAUAGCUAAAAAUUAAGUGUACGCCGUAGAGCAGCGCAAGUGCCACCGGUUUCGUUUUUUCGCGAUGGAAGGACUGAGACUAUGCCUGCCUGCCGCGUGUUUAUCAUUGGGAUUUCACUGCCGAUAUUCCUAAUAUUAAUUCAGCGAGAGAGAAAGAGAAAGAAUGUUAGACGAUGAAAGGCUGAUUAUACGCGCGAAAGAAGGAAUGCUGCGAGAGGACCGUGCUGGCUAAUAAAAAAUCUAGUUUUAAACGUAGCUGCAAAUGAUAAACAACAGAAAACAUCAACAAGUGGAAAAGACGUUAUAGCGUACUAAAAAGCCUAUAUUACAAUUACUAUAGAACUUGAUUAUAGCAAAAUAAGAAUUAUUAAUAAUGUAAGAGAGAGAAAGCGAGAUCGACGGGGGACAUAGAAUGCGUAUAUUGGGAGUCAAAGGGGGUAUGAAAGGGGUUAAAUUGUAAUUGUUAAUGAGAAAAGAGAGAGAGAGAGAAAGAUAAGACAAGCUGGGUUUGAAUUCGCUUCAAAAGUGUGUGAAUGCACUGAACCGUUUUACGUUCACCAUGCCUGCCAAACUGUCUGUUUGUCUGCCAGUUGCCACUACUUUACUAAUAAAUAUAUACAUAAUAGAGAUGUCAUAAUCGUAAACGAAAUAGCGACGUGAACCGAGCGCAAGGCAAAAAAAUACGAAAUUUUCAAAGUCUCGCGUCAUGGCACAUUACGGAUAUACAUUCUAUAUAGUUCAACACAAUCAAGCGAAAACAUAAUUCACAUGCAAAAACGGCACGAUAUUAUCAUUCUCAUUAAAAUCAGCCCUUAUCUGCUGUGAUGGUAUCUGAUAGACGUCGGAUACUAAAUAAUAGUUGAAAUCUUACAAAUAUUAUAUAUUUUCGAAAAAAUACGUAGCUAUACAAAAUUUCAAAUACUGAUCUCGUAUUCUUAGAAGUCUGUUAUUCCAAAAAAUUGCAUAUAAUAUCUGACAAAUAUCGAACGGUUAGAGUACAUUCACGACAGUCGUUAAGGGUCUAAAAGUAAUAGUAAAUAAUUAAAAAAGAAAAUGAAAAACGUCGAUCUCAUUUGUAAAUACAUAUAGUUCAUUAGAAGUCGAUAGUACUCGCAGGUAGUUGCAGCUGGGAAUCUUCGUCUUAUUUAACUGGCACACACCACUCACACUGAAAAAAUAGUGGUUUUUUUCCUUUUUGUCUCGCAUGCUGUAUGUCACGGUAUAAAAACAGAAACUAGAAAGAUUGUAUUAACGGCUGCCCUACGCUUUCGUUUCAAACGCCGUAGAGAUAGUUGAAUGAGCGAAAAAAAAUCUUGUGUUACGUAGAAUUAACACGAAACAUCCCGAAGUUUUACGUCGUCCAUGCUUAUUAGUCAGAAGAAUUUUUUUUACAUUUACGAAGAACGUUAAGUUAUUUUAAAUAAUUAAUCUAUAAUCACUGAUCUUUAAUUUUAAUUUCGAUUACAACAGACAAAUAAUUGGACGUAUAAGAGAAGUACAUUGAUUUUUGUAACGGAGAAACAAGUAUCUCGAUUAUGUCUGAGACACGUGUCAUAAAAAAGUACUGUGUGCAAUUAGCGAGUAAAUGCAAACGCAACGAAUGAGGAUGAAAAGGAAGGAGUGAAUGAGUUUUUUGAUGCGAAUGUUCGGCCUAAUCCUCAUGUUGUGUCUCAAAGAGUACUUUUUAUAUUAAUGUGCCGAUGUCCUUAUUCUCGUGUCACUCCUGUAUACCUAUUUCCCUUUUGCGCAUUGAUUCUCCCCAAUCCUUCCAUAAUUCACGACGAACCACAAAAAUCCGCUUUUCCUCCCGUGAUUCUCGGACUCACUGUUCUCUUUCCAUCAAAGACACGAUUUUGCUUUGUAAAAUAUGUUCGUAAUAAAAAAAACAAUUACAAAAUAUUUACUCGAAA